AAUAUGGGAAAGGGGAUGUGGGACGGGGGGGAGGGGGGGAGGAGGGGGCCGCCCAGUCCGCUCCAGGCCCUCCUCGCUCUGUCCACUCCGACACGGUGUCCUCCUGCCUGGGAGAGGGGAAGCAGAUCGGAGGGCAUCUCAGUGACCAGACCAGAAGCCUCCUGCCCCAGCUCCUUCCCCAGGAUGGACAGAGGCGCCAGCAUCUGGCUCCCCCUUGGACUAAACCUGCUGCUGCUCCUUCUGGCACUGCCACUUGGGGGCCUGGCUGCCACAGAAUGCUACGGGAUCCCCGGAAUGCCAGGCCUGCCCGGGGCCCCCGGGAAGGAUGGGCAUGACGGACUGCAAGGGCCCAAGGGUGAACCAGGAAUCCCAGCUAUUCCUGGGACACGAGGACCCAAGGGUCAGAAGGGAGAAGCCGGCACACCUGGCUUUCCUGGGAAAAAUGGCCCCAUGGGAGCCUCAGGGCUUCCUGGGACUCCCGGCAUCAUGGGACCCAACGGGGAGCCGGGAGAGGAGGGCAGAUACAAGCAGAAGCACCAGUCAGUGUUCACCGUCACACGGCAGACAGCAGAGCACCCGGCGUCCAACAGCCUGGUCAAGUUCAACACGGUCAUCACUAACCCACAGGGCGACUAUAACACCAGCACCGGCAAGUUCACCUGCAAAGUCCCCGGCCUUUACUACUUCGUCCACCACACGUCCCAGACGGCCAACCUGUGCGUGCAGCUGUACCGCAACGAAGUCCAGAUGACCUCCUUCUGUGACCACAUGUCCAACAGCAAGCAGGUCAGCUCAGGCGGUGUGCUGCUGCGGCUGCAGGAGGGCGCGCAGGUGUGGCUGCGGGUCAAUGACUACAACGGCAUGGUGGGCACCGUGGGCUCUGACAGCGUCUUCUCUGGCUUCCUGCUCUUCCCCGACUAGGGGAGCCGGCCUGCUCCAGCCCCAGGCUACCCCACCUCUCUCAGCUGCUCUGCUGUGUCCUUGUUCAGGGCAUUCUCCUCACCUAAUGGACUCCUCCUCCAGGAAGCCCACCCUGACUCCCACCCCCUGAGUUCUUUCCCUUCUCUGAGUUCCUGCAGGAGUCACUCCUUUGACACUUUACCAAUACCUUUAGUGUUAUCAUUCUUUUUUCUAAGUCUUGGAAGUCUGAGAGAUAUACAAAUAAAUGAUUAAAUCAAUAAA